UCACUGCAAAAUGCAAAUCAACGAAAAGAAAACGACAAGCAAAGGUGGAGGCUUUGAUCCUGUAAGAACGACCCUCAAAUCCAGCCUGAUAAAAAGCUGCUUUGGACUCUGCCUCCACUUCGCCUCCUCCUUUGCAGGCGCCCGGCCAUCGCCGAACCCCACUUCAAGUUUAUCUAUCUAUUCUUCACCAAUCCCUUCAAACCCCUCAUCAUCCUUAAACUUCAUUCCUAAGAUCUGUAAUCGAACACCAACUUUUGUGGAUCGCAGCCAAGUUCUAAGAAUCUUCUUCAUAUUUUCGUAGUCAACAGAAGCUUCUGUGAGUAAAAAUGGAGGUGGGAUUGAUGCAGAGACAGCGGGUUCAGUAUGUAAAAGGCCUACUCGGUGAGGGCACUCUGGAUAGUCAGUAUUUGCAGCUUUUGCAACUGCAAGAUGAGAGUAAUCCAACUUUCGUUUCUGAAGUGGCGACUCUUUUCUUUGAAGAUACCGAGGAGCUUCUCAAUAAACUGAGAGUCGCUCUAUUACAGCCAUCUGUGGACUUCAAAAAGAUUGAUGAUCAUGUACACCAGCUGAAGGGCAGCAGCUCCAGCAUAGGUGCACUUAGAGUGAAGAAUGCCUGCAUUGACUUCCGGAGCGCCUGCGAGCAACAAAGUCCAGAAUGGUGUUCAAGAUGUCUCCAACAAGUAGAGCAAGCAUUCUAUGGUGUAAAAGAUAAGCUCAGUUAUCUAUAUGCUCUGGAGCAACGGAUUUUGAAUGCUGGUGGAUCCAUCCCAGUGGACUUGGGUUCCUAAACUGACAAAAUCCAUGAAAACCAAGAGUUUUCCAUUCGUUCCUGUCGAGUCUCCUUUCUCUGUUCUCUAGGCUCUUAAAAUGGCUGUUACUUGUGCUUGUACAAAUUCAGAACCUUUGCCCUUUUCACUCAGAACAUCAAUGUUUUCUACAGCUGAUUUCGACUUUUGAUUUUUCAAGUCUGUUUGAGCUGAACUGUUUGUAUUGCAUGGAGUCCUGAAAGAUUUUCUGGGUGUUUUCAUAGAGGCAAAUACUCUCUUUCAUCUUUGUUCCCCUA